AUGGCGAACUGUACCAACACGCCUCCAGGUGCCACUAGAAGCAGACAUGCUCACACUCAACCGAAAGAAGUAUGUGUCUUUAGUGGUGAGAAGAUCGACAGUGCGAUAGACCAUGUCCCGGAAGUGACGCGUGCGUGUGACGUAGAUAAUGCAGAUAGUGUACGACAGAACGUAUCAGUAUCUGAGGAUACACAACCAGACAUAGGACACAUUGAAAAAACUGAUAGGAAUGGAAGCAAAACAGCGUACAUAGUGAAACAUGAAGCCGAGAACGAUAAAAGUAAUCCCGUGCGCAGAGAUACAAAUACCAAUGAAAAAGAUGCUGUUGUAUCCAAAGUACAUGCAAUGCGUACACAACAAGGUUCUGCUUCUAUAUCACCUCCACAUGAAUCAAUGGCGCAUACGACCCUCCUACGACAAUUGGAUAAGCGUAUAUGCGUAUUCAAACGUGCACAUGCGGAGGUGAUUGAAUACGUGAAGACAUCGGCAUGUCCGGAAGCUGAGAGGAUACGAGAGAGUG